CCGAGCGUCAGUCGCGCGCCACCCCCCGCGCGCGCGCUGCAAGGAGCUGUGAGCGGGACACCCGCCACACCACCGCGUGAGCCCUCGAGACCUCGCGCGACCGCCGCGCGCCACUUGGCUUACGAGUUUUCAGUGUGUGUUCUGCCGGCACGGAUAUGUCGGUGCCCCCGUUCAACUUUCCGCCGGAGAGCUACUCGGCUGUGUACGGCGGUGACGACGCGACUGGUGCGAAUGUACCAAACUGCCACACCUUCGCAUCCGAGCCGGUCGCCGCGCCUCCUCCGCCGGCCGUCACCUCACCCGGCACGCCUCCACCGUCGCUCUUCGGUUGCUUUCACUGCGCUUUUCGGAACGGUAUCAAAGUCAUCCAAAAGGACAAACAUGUCGCCAAAAAUAAGGUCGCUGUGCCUGGCAAGGAGGACGAGCGCUGGCGAGGCAAGGAUGAAGGCGCGCUGUUCAAGCGCUGGCGCCGCCCCGCCGCACCCGCCGAUCCUGCUCCCACUCCUGCUCCCGCGCAGCCCGCACAAUCUUCGGAACUACUCAAAUUCUUAGCUAUUAAUGCACUUGAACUAUCAGCACCCGCAUCGGACGCGUUGUUAAAGUCCCGCUCGUCGGAGUGGUUCCAACUAGCGGGACACCCUGGCUCGCUGGCACCCGCCGGUCCCGGCACCGUGUGGAAGCGCCGCGCCCCCGGGGACACCUCCCUGCACAACCCUGAGCGCGAUGCGUACGAGGCCCUCGCCGCCUGCCCGCACAUGCGCUCCGUCAUCCCGCGCUACUACCGGGAACUCGAGUACGGUGGAGAACAGUUCAUCGAACUCCAAGAUCUUCUCCACGGUUUCCGUGACCCCCAUGUCAUGGACAUUAAGAUGGGAACGCGCACUUUCCUUGAGGAUGAAGUCAGUAACGCUCGUGCCCGCACCGACCUCUAUGAUAAAAUGGUGCGGCUCGACCCUAACGCCCCGACUGAGAGUGAACACGCCGCGCGUGCCGUCACUAAGCUCCGCUACAUGCAAUUCCGUGAGCAGCAAUCUUCCUCUGCCGAACAAGGAUUCCGCAUCGAGGCGGUGAAGCUACCGGGCCAGCCCCCGCUGACGGAUCUGCAGAAGGUGCGCGAGCCGCACCAACUGGCAGCCACCGUUGCACGUUUCCUCGGCAACGACGAGCGUGCCCGUCGUCAGAUCAUAGCCCGCCUUCGCGAAAUUAGGGAUCUGUUCGAACGCUCCGAUUUCUUCAAAACUCAUGAAAUUGUCGGAAGCAGCAUAUUCAUCAUCUACGACGAUGAACGUGUCGGUGCCUGGUUGAUCGACUUCGCCAAAACGAGGCGUGUUCCUGAAGGUGCCAAAGUAAACCACCGAGCCACCUGGAAGCAGGGAAACCACGAGGAGGGUUUCCUGUACGGAUUGGAUAGACUGAUUCACACUAUGGAGACUGCACAGUUGCCGACGCCGGGCGACGAAACAGCAACGGAGCCGGACGUGUCACGUUGAACUCCCGGCGAGACCGUGUCUGGACUCGCCUUGCGGUCGUUGUCACCGUUUGCCUGGCCUCAGCGCCCCAGUGCCGCUCCUUCGCGCCGGAGAUGACGCUUGGAGAUGUACACAAAAGUUAUAUAUUUGUGCACGUGAAAGAGAACGCGAAUUGAUCGCUUAUGUUUUGAUCUAGUCCUUAAUUAUUUAAUUACAAUUCUUAAAAAAACA